GGCGGAGCACAGCUACAGAGAGCAAGCCUGGCUCCUGGUUGGUUCUCAAGUCUGGUUCCCACAGAGGAGCAGGCAGGAAGGGAGGGGAUGCGGUAGGGAGGAUAAAGCAAUAAAGUGUGCUGCGUUGCCACGCACCGGGAGUCCUUGCUUGAGCUGCAACACCACACGACUCUGACCCAGAAGACCCCCUCCUGGCUUGCACAGGUCCACCAGCCACGAGCUGCCGCGGCGGCUCUGACAGUAGUUGGCUCAGGAUACGAAGCAGCCAGAGCAAGGCAAAAGAAGCUGAUCGCCCAGGACUAGAAACCAGGUCCUCAAUGCCUGGCACCUAUGCAAACUGCGUGCGACCCCCGGUUCUAACCUGCGUGCGGUCCGGAGCAUGAUCUGUGCCCAGUUGGAGGCUGCCAAGGAAUUGAUGCGCAUACACGUGGUGGUUCAUUAUGCUGCUGCACCUGUGUAGUGUGAAGAAUCUGUACCAGAGCAGGUUUUUAGGCCUGGCCGCCAUGGCGUCUCCAUCUAGAAACUCCCAGAGCCGACGCCGGUGCAAAGAGCCCCUCCGGUACAGCUAUAACCCAGACCAGUUCCACAACAUAGACAUCAGAAAUGGUGCCCAUGAUGGCAUCACUACCAUCCCUCGCUCCACCAGUGACACUGACCUGGUCACUUCAGACAGCCGCUCUACGCUCAUGGUCAGCAGUUCCUACUAUUCUAUAGGGCACUCCCAGGAUUUGGUGAUCCACUGGGACAUCAAGGAAGAAGUGGAUGCUGGAGACUGGAUUGGCAUGUACCUCAUUGGUGAAGUCUCAUCUGAAAACUUUCUGGAUUAUAAGAACCGUGGAGUCAAUGGUUCUCACAGAGGACAGAUCAUUUGGAAGAUUGAUGCCAGCUCUUACUUUGUGGAAUCUGAAACUAAGAUCUGCUUCAAAUACUACCAUGGAGUAAGUGGGGCCCUGCGAGCUACAACCCCCAGUGUCACUGUCAAGAACUCGGCAGCCCCUAUUUUUAAAGGUAUUGGCUCUGAAGAGACUGUUCAAAGUCAAGGAAGCAGGAGGUUGAUCAGCUUCUCUCUCUCAGAUUUCCAGGCCAUGGGAUUGAAGAAAGGGAUGUUUUUCAACCCAGACCCUUAUCUGAAGAUUUCCAUUCAACCCGGGAAACAUAGCAUCUUCCCAGCCCUCCCUCAUCAUGGGCAGGAAAGGAGAUCCACGAUCAUAGGCAACACUGUAAACCCCAUCUGGCAGGCAGAGCAUUUCAGUUUCGUCUCUCUGCCAACUGAUGUGCUGGAAAUUGAAGUGAAGGACAAGUUUGCCAAGAGUCGUCCCAUCAUCAAACGUUUCUUGGGAAAGCUGUCAAUGCCUGUUCAGAGGCUGCUGGAGAGACAUGCCAUAGGGGAUAGGGUGGUCAGCUACACACUUGGCCGCCGACUUCCAACUGACCACGUGAGUGGACAGCUGCAAUUCCGAUUUGAGAUCACAUCCUCCAUCCACGCAGAUGAUGAAGAGAUCUCUCUGAGUGCUGAGCCUGAGUCAACAGAAGUGCAAGACAGUGUCAUGAAUAGUGUGGUGGAAAACAGUAAUGGAGAGCCUUCUGGUGAUGCUGCAGAAUUCUGUAAGGACUUAAAGCCAGAGUCACCAAGUGAAGAGAAUGGAGUAAACAGCUCAGAAAACCAAAACCAGGAGCAUGCUGGGCCAGUUGAGGAAGCUGCAGGUACUACGGAGACCAGAGAUGGUAGCAAGUUCUCUGAAGGACCCGAAGAGCCUGGGGAGUUUCAGGACCCAGAACAACAUGAUACCCAGCCCACUCUGAGUGCAGAAGAAGUGGCAGAGGGACUUCCCCUGGAUGAGGAUUGGCCACCCUCACUGUUGCCAGAAGAGAGUACAGCUCUAGGCAGCAAGGUAGAAGAGGAAACAGUGCCAGAAAAUGGAGCCAGAGAGGAAGAGAUGCAGGAGAAGGGGAAAGAUGAGGAGGAGGAGGAAGAGAAUGUUUCUACCCUGGAGCAAGGAGAGCCUGGAGGACUGGAGCUGAGGGUCCCUGUGAGAAAAAAAAGCAGACCAUGUUCCCUACCUGUAUCCGAGCUUGAGACAGUGAUUGCAUCUGCCUGUGGAGACGCUGAGACCCCAAGAACCCAUUACAUCCGCAUCCACACCCUGCUGCACAGCAUGCCCUCGGCCCAGAGAGGAAGCACCACAGAGGAGGAAGAUGGCUUGGAGGAAGAAUCCACCCUCAAAGAGUCCUCUGAAAAGGAUGGGCUCAGCGAGGUGGACACAAUAGCUGCUGACCCACAGUCCAUGGAAGAUGGCGAGAACGAUGGGGCCACUCUAUGCAUGGCACCCUCUGACUGCUCUGGGGGACAUUUCUCCAGUUUAUCCAAAGGCAUUGGUGCUGGCCAAGAUGGUGAGGCUCACCCCAGCACUGGGAGUGAGAGUGACUCCAGCCCCCAGCAGGGAGCAGACCACAGUUGCGAGGGCUGUGAUGCCUCAUGCUGCAGCCCCUCAUGCUAUAGCACAUCUUGCUACAGCAGCUCUUGUUACAGCAGCUCCUGUUACAGCAGCUCAUGCUACAAUGGCAACAAUCGGUUUGCCAGCCACACACGCUUCUCCUCUGUGGACAGCGCCAAGAUCUCUGAGAGCACAGUCUUUUCUUCACAAGAGGAUGAGGAGGAGGAAAACAGUGCAUUCGAGUCGGUACCUGACUCAGUGCAAAGCCCAGAGCUAGAUCCCGAGUCCACAAAUGGGACUGGGCCUUGGCAGGAUGAACUGGCUGCCCCUGGUGGGAAUACAGCAAGAACUACUGAAGGUCUGGAGUCCCCCAUGGCAGGUCCUAGCAAUAGGAGAGAAGGUGAAUGUCCUAUACUCCAUAAUUCCCAGCCAAUAAGCCAGCUUCCUUCCUUGAGGCCUGAACAUCAUCACUACCCAACAAUCGAUGAGCCUCUUCCACCAAACUGGGAAGCUCGAAUUGACAGCCAUGGACGGGUCUUUUAUGUGGACCAUGUAAAUCGCACAACCACCUGGCAGCGACCAUCAAUGGCCCCUACCCCAGAUGGAAUGAUCAGAUCUGGGUCUGUCCACCAGAUGGAGCAGCUUAACAGAAGGUAUCAAAACAUCCAGAGAACCAUUGCAACAGAGAGACCUGAAGAAGAUGCUGGCAAUCCAAGCUGUGAGCAGAUACCAGACGGAGGAGGAGGAGGUGGUGGGAGUGACUCAGAAGCAGAAUCUUCCCAAUCAAACUUAGAUCUGAGGAGAGAAGGGUCACUUUCUCCUGUCAACUCACAGAAGGUCACCUUGCUGCUGCAGUCUCCAGCGGUCAAGUUCAUCACCAAUCCUGAGUUCUUCACUGUGUUGCAUGCCAAUUAUAGUGCCUACAGGGUUUUUACGAGUAGCACUUGCUUGAAGCAUAUGAUUUUAAAAGUCCGACGAGAUGCUCGCAAUUUUGAGCGCUACCAGCACAACCGGGACCUGGUGAAUUUCAUCAACAUGUUUGCAGAUACUCGGCUGGAACUGCCCCGGGGUUGGGAGAUCAAAACUGAUCAUCAGGGAAAGUCUUUCUUCGUGGACCACAACAGUAGAGCUACUACUUUCAUCGAUCCCCGAAUCCCUCUUCAGAAUGGCCGUCUUCCUAAUCAUCUGACCCACCGACAGCACCUUCAGAGGCUCCGGAGUUACAGUGCUGGAGAGGCCUCAGAAGUCUCUAGAAACAGAGGAGCAUCUUUGCUGGCCAGACCAGGACACAGCCUAAUAGCUGCUAUUCGAAGCCAACAUCAACAUGAGUCCUUGCCACUGGCAUACAAUGACAAGAUUGUGGCAUUUCUUCGCCAGCCAAACAUUUUUGAAAUGCUACAAGAACGUCAGCCAAGCUUGGCAAGAAACCACACACUCAGGGAGAAAAUCCAUUAUAUUCGGACAGAGGGCAAUCAUGGGCUUGAGAAAUUGUCCUGUGAUGCAGAUCUAGUCAUUUUGCUGAGUCUCUUUGAAGAAGAGAUCAUGUCCUAUGUUCCCCUGCAAUCUGCCUUCCACCCUGGAUAUAGCUUCUCUCCCCGCUGUUCACCCUGUUCCUCACCUCAGAACUCCCCAGGUUUACAGAGAGCCAGCGCAAGAGCCCCUUCACCAUACCGAAGGGAUUUUGAAGCUAAGCUCCGCAAUUUCUACCGAAAACUGGAAGCCAAAGGAUUUGGACAGGGUCCAGGUAAAAUUAAGCUCAUCAUCCGUCGAGACCACUUGUUGGAAGGGACCUUCAAUCAGGUGAUGGCAUACUCCCGGAAGGAGCUCCAGAGAAACAAGCUCUACAUCACCUUUGUUGGAGAGGAGGGCCUGGACUACAGUGGCCCUUCUCGAGAGUUCUUUUUCCUGUUGUCUCAGGAGCUCUUCAACCCUUACUAUGGACUCUUUGAGUAUUCUGCAAAUGACACAUAUACAGUGCAGAUCAGUCCCAUGUCGGCAUUUGUAGAAAACUACCUUGAAUGGUUUAGAUUCAGUGGUCGUAUCCUGGGCCUAGCUCUGAUCCAUCAGUACCUGCUGGAUGCUUUCUUCACAAGACCCUUCUAUAAGGGACUCCUGAAGCUGCCAUGUGAUCUGAGUGACCUAGAAUAUUUGGAUGAAGAAUUCCACCAGAGUUUACAGUGGAUGAAGGACAACAACAUCACAGAUAUUCUUGAUCUCACUUUCACUGUUAAUGAAGAAGUUUUUGGACAGGUAACAGAAAGAGAGUUGAAGUCUGGAGGUGCCAACACACAGGUGACUGAGAAGAACAAGAAGGAGUACAUUGAGAGGAUGGUGAAGUGGCGCGUGGAGCGUGGUGUGGUGCAGCAGACGGAGGCAUUGGUCAGAGGUUUCUAUGAGGUUGUAGACUCAAGGCUUGUCUCAGUGUUUGAUGCGAGGGAGCUGGAGCUGGUGAUUGCUGGAACUGCUGAAAUCGACCUGAAUGACUGGAGAAAUAACACUGAGUACCGGGGAGGUUACCACGAUGCCCACCUUGUGAUCCGCUGGUUCUGGGCUGCAGUGGAACGCUUCAAUAACGAGCAGAGACUGAGGCUACUUCAGUUUGUGACAGGAACAUCAAGUGUGCCCUACGAAGGCUUUGCAGCUCUGAGGGGAAGCAAUGGGCUUCGACGUUUCUGCAUAGAAAAGUGGGGGAAGAUUACAUCUCUUCCCAGGGCACACACAUGCUUCAACCGAUUGGAUCUCCCACCAUAUCCUUCAUAUUCCAUGUUGUAUGAAAAGCUGUUAACAGCAGUAGAAGAAACCAGCACCUUUGGACUUGAGUGAAGACAUGGAACCUUUCCUGGCAUUGUCCUGAACAGUGACGCCACCCUGUCUGGGAUGACUUACUCCCCUCCUUUGACUUUGGUAUUCCAUGAUUUUUAUUUCAAAGCAAAUUAGAAUUGGCAAAAGCUGUGCAUGAAGAAUUGCCUUCUUCUAAGAUCUAAUCUUCAGGCUUAUCUCCUCUGUUUCCAAUGAACUGCUAGCCUGUAUGCAAUACUACAAAACAGCUGUCUCAAGGUCUGUGUAUACCUCCACAUACCUCCAUUCCUAACAAUGAAAUAUGAGCGCAAGUUAUGCUACACUUGACGAAAUGGUAAUAAAUGUUUACUUCCAUUUCUAUCAUUUAAAGAUAAUUUGAGCUGUUAAGCAUUCCAUGCUUUUAUAUGCCCAUGUCUUCCAAACAGAACCACCAUUUCUCCUAAUUUCUAGCAACUAUUUCCAGACCUGGGAGCUGACUAAUUUUUUUCCUCUCUAUCUCUACACUUCCUAUUCAUUCUAUCCAAAUGGCACCCAAGGCCAUACAGAAACUUUUUCUUCAUUAAACUCAUGAAUCAUAAGUGGUAUCAGUCCCAUCAGCCAGAACUAGCCUAGACAUAUGGUGCAAAUAUGAAACUUCCAGCAAUUAACAACAGCAAGAAUAAAAAGGUUAUCAGUAAAUCCAAGGGUUAUAUGGACUAUGAACUCAACUUGAGUUCAGAAAAGUGUAGUGGGGAGCACCCUUCGUGAACCCUCACCACCCAAGAAGCACAAACUUGUGUACCAUGUCCAAGGAGGAAAUCCUAAUUGCUGUAGAUUGAAGGAUGAGCCUUUACCUCUAAUGCUGUCACCAUAGAAAGUGAUAAGGCACGCAGGAAAAAGGACAGGACAUACGACACUUACUCCAAUCCAUGAGCUUUGUUUAAUCUGUUCUCACACACAUCGUCCAAAUAAAUCUCAUGGCUUUGCUUGCAGCCACGUUUAUUUACGUGAUAGGCCAGUCUUUUGCUUCUUUUUAGCUUUGAUACUUUUCUCACUCUUUUUUUCCUUUCUUUCCUUUUUUUAAGUCAUGGUGUUCAAAUUUUGUCACAUCUGAUGUUCACAGACACCACAUACAAAGCUGCAGAGCACGAUGGUGCUUGUUAAGGAUCACGGGCAAUAUAAACUUCUCCUUCAUCCAUAGUGAUUCUUCAAAGGCACGCCGACUUGUGUCCACAAAAAAAAAAAAAAUCCAUUUUUUUAAAGCAUUCAGCAAAAUAUUUAAGAAAAUGUGUUUUUAGAAAAACAAUCGCAGGCUCCACAGACAGCCUGGCAUCUUAAGUACAUUUGAGAUAAAUCUAACCAUAAUGGUCAUUUGCUAUUUUUGUAACCAUGUUAUCUGUGUUGUCUGAAAUAUGACAUAAAUGAAAGUGGUUUUUCUUCACUGGGAAAAAGAAAAGCUAAAGAGACUGAACUAUUUAAAUCCUCAUUGUUGUAGUCAACAUAGUAAAAUAAAAGGAAAAGUCUGAAAAUUUAAAGUUAACUGAUGAUGAAGCCAUGCCUCGUGGCUCGGAAGAGCAGUGUGUUUUGUUCCCACACAUUAAAAUAUUUUCUUAGUAAAAAUUAUUCACAAUGCCAAAACACUCUGUGUUCCUGUGUUUCUUUGUUAAGCAAGAAGUAUAUAUGAUACAAACUUAGUUUUCUAUUGCUAUCAAAAAAAUAAGUUUUACUAAAAAUGGGAUGUACGUUGUAUGAAACACAGCUUGAGGGGUGAGUAAAAUUUGGCCCAUAUUUAAGUAUCUGAAAAAUAAUUCCAAAGGAGCUGUUAUUUAUUAAUGAACUCAGAACAAAAGCACUGCUAAAAUCGUUUUCACUAAAUCUUUGUCUUAGAAUAGCAUAUUUAAGAUUCACCUUAUACAUACAUAAAAACUUGCAAAAAAUUCAAGCAUUCAAGUUUUUUAUUACUUACUUGCCAUACAUUGAAAAAGGAGGAUGUUGUUCAAGUGUAGAAAGCUGCUCCUGAAGAACUUUACAAUUUGCAAAAAUGAGGCAAUCUAUUAAAUAGAUUAGUAUAUAGUCUACAAACAUAUAGAAGGAAGAAAUUAUCUUAGAAAUGAAACGUGAAUAAGAAACUCAGAUAAAUGUGGUCUUUAAUUAAUUUUUAGUUAUACUUCUACCCUAAUGAUAGGUUCUACAUGAAUCCCAACAGCAGAAGUAUUUCUAAUAUAUUCUUUUUAAUUAUUUGAAGAUAUUGCAAUAUAUUUCAAUCAUAUUCACCUAACACUUUUCUCCCUAACUACUUCUACAUCCACUCCUCAAUAUUCAAUUCCUUCUCAAUGUCAUGUCAUCUUUUUUUAAUGAUCCAUUGAGUCCAAUUUGUGCUGUCUGUCCAUAUCUUAAAUUAGUGCAAGGUCAUCCCCUGGAAGAUACACAUACACACACACACACACACACACACACACACACACACACACACAUAUAUAUAUAUAUAUAUAUACACACACAUAUAUAUAUACACACACACAUAUAUAUAUAUAUAUACACACACACAUAUAUAUAUAUAUGAUUUCCAUAGCCCGCUGUAGUGGUACACCGUUAUGGCAUUAAAAUGCCUUUAAUCCCAGCACUUGGAAGGCAGAGGCAGACAGAGCUCUGUGAGUUCAAAGCUAGUCUGGUCAACAGAGCAAGUUCCAGGAACAUGCAGAGUUACAUAGUAAGACUCUGUUUUAAAAAAGAAAAAAAAAAAGAAAACAGUGAAAAAAGGAAACUGACUCUUAGCAGCUAUUGGCUAUCAAUAGCUCCUCGGCUAUGGCUGGGGACUUAUGAACCCCUCUUCAUAUAGCAAUAGUAUUCUAAAAAAAUUCAAAAUGUCACCUAUACUGACAUCAAAGUUUCUGAGAGAAUGUAAAGCUUGCUUCGUAGAGGCCAACACAUGACUUCAGCCUUUCAUGGAAGAAGAGAACUCAAAGGGAAGAGGAACUCAAAAGCUAGCCAUGGAAAAAUACUUUUUGCUUCAUAUAUGAGACUUAUUUUAAAAGUAUGUAUAAUUCAAUAUAUAUGCAUAUGGACAUAUAACUAUGUAUGUUUAUAUGUGUAUGUGUAUACAUUUACAUGUAAGGAAAACACUGUAUAAAUAGUUUUCUAUUGAUUUCAAUGGUUGGAGAUAAAUCACUUCAAAUCCUAUAGUUCUUUGGGUAACACAGAUCUUUUGUGACCAUAUGUACUUCUUUGAAAUUUUUUUCUCCAUGAACUCAAUUAGAAACUAAUUACUUAUAAGUCAUAACCUCCCUAAAACAAGAUUUUUUUAUAUCUAGUUUUAUGAGUAUAAUAAAAUACCUUUUGGGAGAAGACAAAAAAAUUAAAAAGAUUUAAAAAUUAUGUUACAAUUUGAAAGAGACAAUAGAGUAUUAUCAUAAUUUUAUAGAUAACACAAAUAUUCAAUAACAUGAAGAUGACAAUCUUCCCAAUAGAAAUUGAGUCAUCAAAGUCAGAAGUACUCUAGAAUACUGAGUUCUCUGUGACAUCCUGUGUAUAUGAGUUCAAGAACAUCCUGAUGGUUUGCUACCAUCAUAGCACAAAUACUUCAGGAAAGUUAAUGAAAAUAAUCAAAUGCUAAAUGAGAUUUUGGCAAGCUUUCAUCAUGAAAUAUUUAAAUGGUUUUCCUGUUAAUAAUGAAGCUAUAUCAUCCAACAGUAAGAAUACUUGUAUGGCAAGCCAGUGAGCUGAGUUUUCCACUAAACUUCUAACCCUAUGCGGUCUCAUCGAUAGUUCAUGUAUCAAGCUACAUGUCUGAAAUUUGGGCUCAGAAAAUUUCUAAGUUGCCACAAAUGUUUUCCCAGUCAAGAUGAAACACUUUCAAAUGAAAGUAGUUAGAACUUUACAUAACAAAAUGUGGUGCUUUAUUAUUAUUGUUGUUGUCGUUGUUAUGAUUAUUAUUAUUACAAUUAUGUCUAACAGUGUUUAUCAUUAAAACUGCAAUACUGUAUCAUAAAUGUGCAGGAUGACUAUUCCAGCCAUCACAAAGUCCAAAAGAGAAAGUAUUAUUUUCCUGUUAAUGACAUGUAGUCCCUUUGUUCUAGUAGAUAAAAGGUGCCUAGAGGUAGUACAUAGAGUAAAUAUUGUUCCGUUAGUCUAUUUCCUGCAGCCUCCGUUAUCUAAGGAAAUGCCCAUAAGAUUGUGUUUACAAGUCUUUGUUCUAGUCAAUAACAUGAGACAUCAUAUUACUGGGCUGAUUUUGCUUACAUCUACAAAAGAAAUGUCAUGUGAUACUCAGGCCUCGCUUUCUCUUACAUCAUACAUCUUCAAGGAAUGUCAAUAAACUCACUUUGGUAUGGCA